GAUGUAUUGUACACUCUUUGGCUGCUGAAAGAUAAUCAUGGGUCAAACCGGAAAAAAAUCUGAGAAGGGACCAAUUUGUUGGCGAAAACGUGUGAAAUCAGAAUAUAUGAGACUGAGGCAGCUCAAGAGGUUUCGACGUGCAGAUGAAGUAAAGAGUAUGUUUAAUUCUAAUCGUCAGAAGAUAAUGGAAAGAACUGAAAUCUUAAAUCAAGAAUGGAAACAACGUAGGAUACAGCCUGUUCACAUCAUGACUUCUGUGAGCUCAUUGCGCGGGACCAGGGAGUGCUCUGUGACCAGUGAUAUAGAUUUUCCAAAACAAGUCAUCCCACUGAAGACUCUCAAUGCUGUUGCUUCUGUGCCUAUAAUGUAUUCUUGGUCUCCCCUUCAACAGAAUUUUAUGGUAGAGGAUGAAACAGUUUUACAUAACAUUCCGUAUAUGGGAGAUGAAGUGCUUGACCAGGAUGGUACCUUUAUUGAAGAACUGAUCAAGAACUAUGAUGGGAAAGUGCAUGGAGACAGAGGUGAGCCCAAACACUCAGAAUGUGGAUUUAUCAAUGAUGAAAUAUUUGUUGAGCUGGUCAAUGCACUUGGUCAAUAUAGUGAUGAUGAAGAUGAUGAUGAUGGAGAUGACAAUCCUGAUGAAAGAGAUGACAAGCAAAAAGAUCGGGAAGGUAACAGGAUGGAGAAAGAAAGCCACCCACCUCGGAGAUUUCCUUCUGACAAGAUAUUUGAAGCCAUUUCCUCGAUGUUUCCAGACAAGGGUACAGCAGAAGAAUUGAAAGAGAAAUACAAAGAACUCACUGAGCAGCAGCUUCCUGGAGCUCUUCCUCCUGAGUGCACACCAAACAUAGAUGGACCAAAUGCGAAAUCUGUUCAGAGGGAGCAAAGUCUACACUCUUUUCACACACUCUUCUGUAGACGCUGUUUUAAAUAUGAUUGCUUCUUGCAUCCAUUCCAUGCAACUCCUAAUACUUAUAAACGAAAGAAUACAGAAACAGCAUUAGAUAAUAAGCCUUGUGGACCGCACUGUUACCAACAUCUGGAAGGUGCAAAGGAGUUUGCAGCUGCCUUGACUGCUGAGCGUAUAAAGACACCACCAAAGCGCCCAGGUGGCCGCCGAAGGGGAAGACUUCCAAACAACACCAGCAGACCCAGCACGCCGACAAUAAAUGUAUUGGAAUCAAAAGACACAGAUAGUGAUAGAGAAGCUGGAACUGAAACUGGAGGAGAAAACAAUGAUAAAGAAGAAGAAGAAAAGAAAGAUGAAACAUCCAGUUCCUCUGAAGCAAAUUCUAGGUGUCAGACACCAAUAAAGAUGAAGCCAAAUAUUGAGCCUCCAGAGAAUGUGGAAUGGAGUGGUGCAGAAGCCUCAAUGUUUAGAGUUCUUAUUGGUACCUACUAUGACAACUUCUGUGCAAUUGCCAGACUGAUUGGGACCAAAACGUGCAGGCAGGUGUAUGAGUUUAGAGUAAAGGAAUCUAGUAUUAUUGCUCCAGUCCCUGCUGAAGAUGUUGAUACUCCUCCCAGAAAGAAGAAAAGGAAACACAGGUUGUGGGCUGCUCAUUGCAGAAAGAUACAGCUGAAAAAGGAUGGGUCAUCGAAUCAUGUUUACAACUAUCAGCCAUGUGAUCAUCCACGUCAGCCUUGUGAUAGCUCAUGCCCAUGUGUAAUUGCUCAAAACUUCUGUGAGAAGUUUUGUCAGUGCAGCUCAGAAUGCCAAAACAGGUUUCCUGGAUGUCGUUGUAAAGCACAGUGCAACACUAAGCAGUGUCCAUGUUACCUAGCUGUACGGGAAUGUGAUCCUGACCUGUGUUUAACAUGUGGAGCGGCUGACCACUGGGACAGCAAAAAUGUGUCUUGCAAGAACUGCAGCAUUCAGAGAGGAUCCAAAAAACACUUGCUGUUGGCACCUUCAGAUGUGGCAGGCUGGGGAAUUUUCAUCAAAGAUCCUGUACAGAAGAAUGAAUUCAUCUCUGAGUACUGUGGUGAGAUUAUUUCUCAGGAUGAGGCAGACAGAAGAGGAAAAGUAUAUGACAAAUACAUGUGCAGCUUUCUGUUUAACUUGAAUAAUGAUUUUGUGGUUGAUGCAACACGCAAGGGCAACAAAAUUAGAUUUGCAAACCAUUCAGUAAAUCCCAACUGCUAUGCAAAAGUUAUGAUGGUUAAUGGCGAUCACAGAAUAGGAAUAUUUGCUAAAAGAGCCAUUCAGACUGGUGAAGAACUGUUCUUUGACUACAGAUAUAGCCAAGCUGAUGCCCUUAAGUAUGUGGGCAUUGAAAGAGAAAUGGAAAUCCCUUGACACCAGCUACCUCUUCUUUUAAACAGCUGCCUUAUCUUCAGGAAUUUCUAGUACUGUGGGCAAUUUUAGAAAAAUGAAAAUGAUGCAAUUUGAAAUUCUGUAUUUGCAAAGUACUGUAACAGUAAUUUAUAGUAACAAAUUUAAAAAAAAACACAACUUUUUAUUGCCUUCUCACCAGCUGCAAAGUGUUUUGUACCUAUGAACUUUUGCAAUAAUGUGGUGUGGUACAUUUUUCAACCUUGAAUAAAGGAUACUUGAACUUCUUCAUUUUUACUGGAA